GUCAGAGCCAACAAAAACAAAUAAAAAGAAGAGACUGCCACUCUCGUAAUUUACCAAAUCAACAAUGGCAAUUACAUUCUCCCGUUGUAUUUAGCUCUCACCCUCCCCCAAAACCCCCCCCAAUCUCUCUCUGUCUCUCCCUGUCUCUUUAUUAUUAAAAACCAUUCUCCAAACAGAAACCGCCAAUUCCCGGUUCGCCGGCCGGUUCGCGCCACCGGUCGUCACACCCUGUUCGGGUCAAUCCGUUUGGCUCCCGAGAAAACCAGAAUCGCCACCGAAUGAUGACGUCGGGAACGAGAAUGCCGACGUGGAAGGAGAGAGAGAACAACAAGAAGAGAGAGAGGAGGCGCAGAGCCAUCGCCGCGAAGAUCUACUCGGGCCUGAGGAUGUACGGAAACUACAAGCUACCGAAGCACUGCGACAACAACGAAGUCCUCAAAGCUCUCUGCAACGAAGCUGGUUGGACCGUCGAAGAAGACGGCACCACUUACCGAAAGGGAUGCAAACCUGUGGAUCGCAUGGACAUAAUGGGAGGAUCUACAUCAGCAAGUCCAUGCUCUUCAUACCAGCCAAGUCCAUGUCAAUCCUACAAUCCAAGUCCUGCCUCUUCUUCAUUUCCAAGUCCAGCUCGCUACCCUGCAAAUGCAAACGGCAAUGCUGAUGCCAAUUCUCUCAUCCCAUGGCUUAAAACCCUCUCAUCAGGUUCAUCAUCUGCUACAUCCAAGCUUCCCCAACUCUUCAUUCAAGGGGGUUCCAUAAGUGCUCCAGUCACCCCACCACUGAGCUCCCCAACUUCCCGAACUCCUCGAACCAAAAGUGACUGGGAUGAAGCAGUGGCUGGCUCAAACUGGGCAGGGCAGAAUUAUCCUUUCCUGCCUUCAUCCACCCCACCAAGCCCCGGUCGCCAGGUUCUGCCUGAUUCAGGAUGGCUUGCUGGACUGCAAAUUCCCCAGAGUGGCCCGUCAUCCCCCACAUUCAGCCUUGUCUCGAGAAACCCUUUCAAUUUGAAGGAGGCUUUGUCGGGUGGAGGGUCUCGGAUGUGGACUCCGGGGCAAAGUGGAACAUGUUCGCCAGUAGUUGCUGCAAGUGUUGAUCACAGUGGAGAUGUUCCAAUGUCAGAUGGAAUGGCAGCUGAGUUUGCAUUUGGCAGUAACACAUCAGGAUUAGUGAAACCAUGGGAAGGUGAAAGGAUUGAGGAAUGUGUAUCAGAUGAUCUCGAACUAACUCUUGGAAGCGCUAGAACCAGAUGAGAGAAUGAAUUGGGAGAGAACUGUUUAUGGGUCUCUUGAUGCAGGUUCUUCCUUCUCUUCAUGCCAAGUUCCACUUCAUGUCCCAGGGUGUUUUAGUGGGUCAGUUAGAAGUACAGUGAGUAGGAGCAGCUGUUUUCUUUUUCUUUUUCUUUUUUCUACUUUUAUUUUUUCCUUAACAAAAGAGCACUAAAAAUUAAAUUAUAAAUAGUUCA